AUGUUCAAACCAAACCGGCCGAGAAAAGUGAAGUGCUCGAGCUGCCUCGCGCAACCAGCUGGCACCCAAGCAUCGAUCGCGUCCACACACACCCUUCACCUUCUCGAUCUCCCGGUGGAGCUCUUGAUGAUGAUCGCCGAUUACCUACGGAGGAAAACCGACCGUGCAAAGCUAUUGCAACUCAGUCGCGCUUCGAAUGCGCUGUUCGGAUCCUUCCCGGAGGAGGUGUUCAUGCAAGAGUGCCGCGGUCGUGCGAACUUUCUGUUUAGCCCGUUUGACAUUUCCGCAGAUUUUCGAUGGCUGGUUUCUGGUGGACGUAUCGAAAUCGUCUUCGCUGAGCCUCCAUCCCCGCAUUCAGAGCUACUCCUCCGUGUCUCUGACAGUCGCGCAAUCGCUUCAGCCGCCUGGAGCGGAUCGGAUCGAAGCGGAUAUCACCAUCGCCUCGUUAGCGCCUGGCAGGAUGGAUACGCGGAGACAUACAUGUACAUUGAGGGGGUACAACGUGUUACCUCUAAUGAAUCGAAUCACCUCCUUAGGUGGGUUUCCGUCCGAUGGUCGACCUGUAGGCCGCGGCCCAUAGUCCGGAACGAGACCGACGAGGCGGGACCCGAUGACCCCUCCCUCGAUGACCCCGCCGCCGAUGGCCCCGCCCCCAAUGACCCGUCCCCAUAA